UCUUCUCGCCAUUUUUGCCAACUGCGUGGCCAUGGGAGUAACCAAACCGUACCCUGACGACGACUCCAACGUCACCAACCACCAACUGGAACAAGUAGAGUACGUGUUCCUCGUCAUUUUCACCAUCGAGACCUUUACUAAGAUCCUCGCCUACGGCCUGGUGAUGCACCCCAGCGCCUACAUCCGCAGCGGCUGGAAUUUACUGGAUUUCGUCAUCGUCAUCGUCGGGUUGUUCAGUGUGAUCGCGGAGGGCAUGACGGACCAUAAGCCCGGAGAGGCUCACCACGCGGCGGGCAAACCUGGAGGUCUGGACGUCAAAGCCCUGAGAGCCUUCAGGGUGCUGCGACCGCUCAGGCUCGUAUCAGGAGUGCCGAGUUUACAGAUUGUGUUGAACUCCAUCAUGAAGGCCAUGGUCCCCCUGCUGCACAUCGGUAUGCUGGUGAUGUUCGUCAUCAUCAUCUACGCCAUCAUCGGCCUGGAGCUCUUCAUCGGACGCAUGCACAAGACCUGCUACUCCAUGGGCUCAGGCCUCAUCGUGGAAGACGACCCGUCGCCGUGCGCGUUCGCCGGCAGCGGACGCUUCUGUGACGAUAACGGGACGGAGUGCAGGGGGAAGUGGGAGGGGCCUAACGGCGGCAUCACCAACUUCGACAACAUCUUCUUCGCCAUGCUGACGGUGUUCCAGUGCAUCACCAUGGAGGGCUGGACCGACGUCCUCUACUGGAUGAACGACGCCAUCGGGUUUGAAAUCCCCUGGAUCUACUUUGUCUCUCUGGUGAUCUUCGGAUCCUUCUUCAUCAUCAAUCUUGUUUUGGGUGUGUUGAGCGGAGAGUUCUCCAAGGAGAGAGAGAAGGCGGUGGCUCGGGGCGAGCUGCAGAAGGCCCAGGAGAGCAAACAGAUGGAGGAGGACAUGAUCGGGUACAUGGACUGGCUGAUCGAGGCCGAGGACGUGGACGAGGAGGGGAACAAACGUGCUGCGAUAGCGAAGAAGAAGAUGAUGAAGAAGUUCGGCUGGUACAAGCACAGUGAGGACGGAGGAGAGUCAGACUCCGAUGAUGACAUUGCGUACCUCGAUGACGACAACGGCUUCUGUGCGUCUCUCAUGGCAAAGAUGAUGGCCAACAGCUUCUGUGACCAGUUGUGCCAGCUGAACCACACGAUGAGGAAGAACUGCCGAGUCGCCGUGAAGACGACCAACUUCUACUGGCUGGUUCUGCUGCUCGUGUUCCUCAACACUGUGGCCAGCGCCUCCGAGCACUACGGGCAGCCCAAGUGGCUCACAGAGAUGCAGGAGCGAGCCAACAAGGUCCUGCUGCUCCUCUUCACCCUGGAGAUGCUGAUGAAGAUGUACGCCUUCGGCCUGCAGAUCUACUUCAUGGCGCUGUUCAACCGCUUCGACUGCAUCGUGGUGUUCGGCGGGAUCCUGGAGACGCUGCUGGUGGAGAUGGAGUUCAUCCCGCCCAUCGGCAUCUCCGUGCUGCGCUGCAUCCGCCUGCUCAGGAUCUUCAAGAUGACCCGGCACUGGGCCGCUCUGUCCGACCUGGUGAACUCUCUGCUGAACUCCAUGAAAGCUAUCUGCUCUCUGCUGCUGCUGCUCUUCCUCUUCCUCAUCAUCUUCGCUCUGCUCGGCAUGCAGCUGUUCGGAGGAAAGUUCAAUUUCGACGAGACGCAGAUGAAGAGGAGCACCUUCGACUCGUUCCCUCAGGCUCUGCUCACCUGCUUCCAGAUCCUGACCGGAGAGGACUGGAACGCUGUGAUGUACGACGGCAUCAUGGCGUACGGAGGACCCAUCUUCCCCAACAUGGUGGUGUGCAUUUACUUCGUCAUCCUCUUCGUCUGCGGUAACUACAUCCUGCUGAACGUCUUCUUGGCUAUCGCUGUGGACAACUUGGCAGGAGGCGGCGGGAAAACCGUAGUGGAAGAGAAAAAGGACGACGAGGAAGAGUGGGAUGAGGACGAUGAGAAAGAGGAUGAAGACACAGGGGCCGAGGAGGACGACUGGCAGGAGAACGAGGAGCUGAGAGCCAUCGAGGGGCUGGAGGGAGUUGCUCCGUUAAAGCCGGAGUUCUCGGGACCCAAAGAGAAGAUCGUCCCGAUCCCAGACGGAAGCUCCUUCUUCCUUCUGGGAAAGAAAAACUGUUUACGUGUCGCCUGCCACAACCUCAUCCAUCAUCCGUACUUCACCAACUUCAUCCUCGUCUUCAUCAUCCUCAGCAGCAUCUCUCUGGCUGCUGAGGACCCCAUCAAGUCUCACUCAUUCAGGAAUAUCGUGCUCGGGUACGCUGAUUAUGUUUUCACCUCGGUCUUCACCGUGGAGAUCGUGCUCAAGAUGACGGUGUACGGAGCGGUCCUGCACACCGGCUCUUUCUGCAGGAACGCUUUCAACCUCCUGGACCUGGUGGUGGUCGGCGUGUCGCUCACCUCCUUCUUCCUACAUUCGAGUGCGAUCUCCGUGGUAAAGAUCCUCAGAGUGCUCCGAGUGCUCCGACCUCUCCGAGCCAUCAACAGAGCCAAAGGACUGAAGAACGUGGUGCAGUGCGUGUUCGUGGCGAUCCGGACCAUCGGAAACAUUUUGAUCGUCACGACGCUGCUGCAGUUCAUGUUCGCGUGUAUCGGAGUCCAGCUCUUCAAGGGCAGAUUCUACAGCUGCACAGAUGAAGCCAAACACACACCUGUGGAGUGCAGAGGGACGUUCGUAGUGUAUAAGGACGGGGACAUGAACCACCCCAUGGUGAAGGAGAGGAUCUGGGAGAACAGCGACUUCAACUUUGACAACGUGCUGAUGGGGAUGCUGGCUCUGUUCACCGUGUCCACCUUUGAAGGCUGGCCACAGCUUCUUUACCGGGCCGUGGAUGCCAACGCCAUCAACCGAGGGCCCAUCUACAACUACCGCGUGGAGAUCUCCAUCUUCUUCAUCAUCUACAUCAUCAUCAUCGCCUUCUUCAUGAUGAACAUCUUCGUGGGUUUCGUCAUCAUCACCUUCAGAGAGCAAGGAGAAGCCGAGUUCAAAAACUGUGAGCUCAACAAGAACCAGCGUCAGUGUGUGUACUACGCUCUGAAAGCUCAACCCAUAAAGAUUUACAUUCCUAAGAACCCGUCACAGCUCAAAUUCUGGAGGAUUAUCAACUCCAGCCAGUUUGAGUACAUCAUGUUUGUUCUGAUUCUGGGAAACACGCUCACUCUGGCCGUGCAGCAUUACGAGCAGUCGAAGCUCUUCACCUCCAUCAUGGACAUCCUCAACAUGAUCUUCACCGUGGUCUUCACCAUCGAGAUGAUCAUCAAGCUGCUGGCUCUGCGCGUUCACCAUUACUUCAUCGAUCCCUGGAACUCCUUCGAUGCUCUGAUAGUGGUCGGCAGCGUGUUGGAUAUCGCCGUGUCUGAGCUCAGCGGAGGAGGAGGUCACGGGGAGGGUAAAGGAGAAAGUGGGAAAGUGUCCAUCACGUUUUUCCGUCUGUUCCGAGUGUUGAGGUUGGUGAAACUGCUCAGUAAAGGAGAGGGAAUCCGGACGCUCCUCUGGACCUUCGUCAAGUCGCUCCAGGCUCUGCCGUACGUCGGUCUGCUCAUCGCCAUGAUCUUCUUCAUCUACGCUGUGAUCGGCAUGCAGUCGUUUGGGAAAGUGGCCAUCGAUGACGAGACACACAUCAACAGAAACUGUAACUUCCAGACGUUCUUCAUGGCUGUCCUGGUGCUCUUCAGGUGUGCGACAGGUGAGCAGUGGCAGGAGAUCAUGCUGGCGGCAUUGCCCGGGCGACGCUGCGACCCCGACUCCGACACCGAGCCGGGCGAGGAGUACAGCUGCGGCAGCAACCUGUCCUACAUCUACUUCAUCAGCUUCUUCAUGCUCUGCGCCUACCUGAUCAUCAACUUGUUCAUCGCCGUCAUCAUGGAUAACUUUGAGUAUCUGACCAGGGAUUGGACGGUGCUCGGCACUCACCACCUGGACGAGUUCAAGAGGGUCUGGUCCGACUACGACCCCGAGGCCACCGGUCGUAUAAAACACAUCGAUGUCGUCACGAUGCUGCGAAGGAUUCAGCCUCCUCUUGGUUUUGGAAAACUGUGUCCUCAUCGUGUGUGCUGCAGGAGACUGGUGGCCAUGAACGUCCCGCUGCACUCGGACGGGACGGUCACCUUCAGCGCGACGCUGUUCGCUCUCGUCAGAACUUCACUCAAGAUCAAGACUGAAGGCCCCAUCGACCAGCAGAACGAGGAGUUGAAGAUCAUCAUUAAAAAGCUGUGGAAACGCACCAAACCAAAGCUCAUUGAUGAAGUUAUUCCCCCACCUAGAGGUGAUGAGGUGACUUGUGGGAAGUUUUACGCCAGCUUCCUGAUUCAGGACUAUUUCAAAAAGUUCCGUAAGAGAAAGGAGAGGGAGAGGAAAUCCAAGAAAAAGGACAGGGCGGCUUCUCUGCAGAUGGGGCUGCGCACGCUGCAGGACUUGGCUCCAGAGAUGCGCCUGGCGAUGUCGUGUGACCUGGAGGAAGAGGAGGGACUGGAGGGGGAGAUGGGCCACGAUGAGAUCUUCGACAGCGAGCACGGGACCUCCGUGAACACUACCCCCUGCACCACGCCGCUGCCGCCAAUCGACGCGCUCGUGGAGCAGGUGACGGUGCUCAUGGAGAGCCCGCCCAGCGAGGUGGUGGUGACGGAGCAGGUGAGGGGGAUGCGGGAGCACCAUAAGCCGGGGUCCGAGCUGGCAGGACUCAGCGUGGUGACGGAGCAGCCGCCGAGGUCCGAGCCCAUCUCCAUCAGGGUGGGCACCAUAACAGAGUUGCCUCCUCCUGCUCUCCUCGGGUCUCCUCCUCCUCCUCCUCCUCCUCUGGAGUGUCCUCCUCCUCCUCCAGAGAUCCCUCCAGAGGUUGUAGUUGAAGAGCCGGUGGCGGUGGUGGAGGAGGCUCCGGCAGAAGUACCUGAGCAGGUGCCCGUCAGUGAAGGAGAGCUUGCAGCUCCAGCACCAGUGGAAGAGUACGUGUAUCCAGAACCAGUCCCUCCAGCCCCACCUGAGCCCGUCUACACUGAUCCGAGCCUGCAGAGAGUCGACAGCGUCGGGGAGACACCGUACAGCGUUCUUGAUGCUAACGGCUUCGUCAACACUGACCCUAACAACCACGUCAACACUGACCCUAACAAUUACGUCAACACUGACCCUAACAAUUACGUCAACACUGACCCUAACAACUACAUCAAUACUGGCGCUAACGGUUACGCCAACCCUGCUGCUAACGGUUAUGCUAACGGCUAUGCUAACGGUGGUAACGGUUAUAUUGGCGGCAACAUACACGGAGAGACAGUCACUGUGAGCCCCACUCACUACGGCUCUAAUGGGUACACCGGAAAUGGAUACAUCAGUGAGAACGGUAGCAUCGUUAGCGCUAACGGUUCGGGAAGCACGAUGAACGGCACUGAAAGCAGCAGCAUGAUCAGCGGGUUCACCGGGAACGGAUUCAACGGGAACGGAUUCACCGGGAACGGAUUCAAUGGAAACGAUAACGGAUCAUCGUUCAUCAGGAGGCGCAUUCUGCCGGCCAUACCAAAAGGCCGUAAGCCGUCCUUUAACGUGCAGUGUCUGCAGCCGCAGAGCAGCUUGGACGACGUCCCCAUCCCGGGGUACCAUGGGAACAUAGCCCCCUCCAGAGCCCGUCUACAGACCCAUCACAGCCUGGAACGGACCGGGGCCAUGUCCUCGGCCUCCUGGGUGAACACGGCGACCGCGGGGCCCCCUCCUCACCCGGGGAUGAUGGCCCCCCCCGGCCGUCGCGGGAAGCUCAUCUACUCGCCGAUGUGGAGCGACGCCACGGCCAGCCUCCCCGCCACCAGCCGGGCCCCGGGCUGGUACCCGGGUCAGACCCGGACCCUCGGCAGCGUGAGGAUGCCCCCGGUCACCCAGAGCUACCUGGAGAAAGGAAGCGCAGACAGCCUGGUGGAGUCGAUUCUGAUCUCCGAGGGUCUCGGCGUCUACGCCCGGGACCCAAAGUUCGUGAACUUUGCGAAGCGUGAGAUCGCGGAGGCGUGUCACCUGAGUCUGGACGACAUGGAGAGCGCGGCGUCUGACCUCAUCGCCCGCGGAGCCAGCCAGUCCAUCUCUCGCUUCGAGGACGAGCUGGCGGACGAGAUGAACUGCGUGAUCUCUUACUGAGAUCAGGAAGAAACUGUGAGAGGAAGGGAGGAGGGGAGAUUGUGAGGGGAGGAAGUGUUGUUUGCCGUGGAGAGAAACGUGUGAAACUUUGUUGUCUGAAGGAAAAAUGUUGUGUUGGUAAGUUAUUUUGUAAAUGCCAAAACACACACCAACACACACUCUGACUUUAAGAGCAGUAUGUGGCAGGACACUACGUUGUUUCACUGCAGAAAACUGGACUUUUUUUUGCAUUGUAUUCUCAUUUUAUACUGUACAUGAACUGUUGUUCCUUUAUACUCCUGUACAAACUGUAAAAAUAGUAAAUAUUACAUCACUAAAAUGUUUAUUAUUGAUAACAAGAGUGCAUGCAACAGCAUUUGCUAUUUUAGAGAAAUGAUAAAUAUCCUCUUAUAAGGAACAUGAAAACUAAAAGCAGCAUUUUUGAUUUUGU